AUGAGCAACGUGCACGACAACGAUGUCCUCGACCUUGAACUCCUCGACCCGUCGAAGGAUUUCUCCUUUCCGCUGUACACGGACCCGGCGGCGGACCCUGACUUUGAAGACGGCAGGCUCAGAUACCAGUAUGAGGUCUUGCCCGGCAGCGUCCCAAUUUAUCACAAAGAGGACACGGAUAGCACGCUCUCCGUUCAGCGGCUGCUCUGGGCGGACGGGUGGCUCGACAAAGACCAGAAGCCCUCCAAGGAAGCAACGCUUGUGGUGCUAAAGUUCGUGUUCCUGUCCACCCCCAGCAGCGAGUCUGAAACGAAGCUGCAGAGCGUCACUGCCGCCUUGCGAUUCCUCGACCCCCGCGGCGACGACCCGGAGGUUGUCGCCUGGGCUCCGUUCCACGAGACAGAGCGGUUCAACCGCGUCGUGGCCCAUCACGAGACCGCCAACAAGACGGGACAGGCGAUCGACGUGGGAUACGAGGGCUCCAAGGUCACCCUCGAGCACAGCAGCGAAGGGAGCGUGUCCUGGGAUCGGACAUGCUUCGACGAGGCACGUGUCGUGCACACAUUCAACGAUAAGGGAAGACCCAACGGCGUCAAAUGGUGGCUCAAGCAGAACCACCUCCAGAACCAGGGUAUCACGCCCGAGUUCUGGGCGGCCAUCCUGGUCUCGAGGGCCUCGUCAAGUCCGUAUACGGUCAGGUUCACCAUGACUGGGCGAACCCACACCUUUCGCGAUUUCAAGCUCACAGCCAAGGAAGCCAUCGGGCUACGCAAGGACGGCAGCAAGUUUCCCGUGACUCCAAAUCCAGGGCAGGCGACGUGGUGCAACUUGGAGGGCAACGACAUCAUCAAGUGCGUGGACCUGGGCCACCUGGGAAAGCUCGUGGAUCCCAAGUCGAGCACCAAGCUGAACGUGAACUGGGGUCCGAAAUAUCAGCUUGGCGCGGGGGAGGCACCUGAGUCCGAACCCCAGGAAAACCAGGGGCUUGUCGAUGCCAAUAAGGAAGAAACCGCCGAAGAACUUCGAACCGAUUCCAGCAGGCACCACCACUUUGGCGCGGGGUCCGACCGUGGCGGCGAGGCGCCAUCACGGCAGGCCGCGCCGCGUGGUGCACCCGCACCCACACCCUGUGCUGACGUGGCACGGUUCACGAGUCUCGAAGCUCGGAUGGCCCAUCUCGAGGCUCGCGUCACAGCGCAGGACACCACCAUCUUGCAGCUGCAGCAGGCUCAGCUCGACAAGGACGUGCAGCUGUUCUGGCUAAACCAAGAUCUGGCCCGCAUCCAAUCAACAAUCAGAAGUUGGACCAACCCAGCCUGA